AAAAUGGGCCAUCAUACGUCACAAAUAACGAAUGCAUACAGCGUUUUAGAAACGAAAGCCGCAAAAUUGAAUAGUCUACGCUUACAUGUAGGUAAUCUUUACACGGAUAUAUUUUCCACUAAACCGGAUUUAACCAAGAUGAAAACCAUCACCCUUCUGUUAGCUCUUUCUGUUAUUGGGAUCUCUGCGGAUGGUAGCUGUCCCAUACAAGCCAAGACGGUGUGCUCAAAAGCUUUGGAUCUGUUUCCUGAAAAGAAAAAAGACGACGAUUACUGCAACCGUGUUGAUUAUUAUGCUUCCUGUUUAGGCAGAGUACACCAUGGCUGUUCUGAUUACUUCGAUAGGAUUCAUGAAAUGUACUGCAAAAGAAAUUCGACCGAUAGACUGCAUGGCAUAAUGAAAUCUCACAUCAUAUUAAUCGUAUCUAUUAUAUCUGCCUUGGUGUGAAGAAAGAGAAAUUCAACUAAGAAAAUGUUUGACGGCAGGUUCCAGUCAGUAACUAAUCUACAGACUGUCUCUAUGAAGUAUAUUCUGAAUACAUAUAGAAAUAAAUAUUUCUUGAUGCAAUUGCUUA